AUGAAAUCUUUCCAAGGGGUGUGCCUUUUCAAGAGCCUGUUGGCAAAUUGCUGCUGUCGCAGUCAACUUCACAGCUAUCUUCUCCCUCCUAUUGCAAAGAAUAUAGGUUAUAUGGUGGGACUGCACAACGGUGGAUUUUGGAGGCCAAAAUCUUUAUUGGACACAGCUACAUUCACUCUGGCUUUUAACAUUUGGCAUAGGAAAAAGCAUCAGGAUUCUCGAGCAUUGUGGAAGCAUGAGGCUGUGCAGAAGUAUCUGGAGUCUCUAAGCAAGGAAUACCAGCAGGUUAGUCAUCUGUUAAAUGCUGACUCAGUAAGUGACUUUGAGCAAAGAACCCUGAAGAGAAGAUGUGCCAAUCUGUCCCCCAUUGCAGUUGCAUUUCAAGAAAUCAAAGAGGCUGAAAGAGAAGUUCAGGAGUUAGAAGCUAUGUGCAAAGAAUUAGACAGCCGAGAUGAGAAACAACUUCUAGAGCUUGCCUUAGAAGAGAAGGAAGCCCUGGAUAAAAAAAUCAACAUGUUGUGCAGAAAGCUUUUCCAGCUUCUAGUGCCAAAGGAAAAAUAUGAUGGAAGUCAUGUCAUAUUAGAAGUGACAGCUGGCAGAACAACUGGAGGAGACAUCUGCCAACAGUUCACUAAAGAAAUGUUUGAGAUGUACCAGAGCUAUGCAGACUAUAAACGUUGGACCUUUGACAUUGUGAACUAUACGCUGGCUGAGAUGGGGGGGUUGCAUCAUGCCGCCGCUCACAUUUCGGGAGAGGACGUGUACAGGCACCUGAAGUACGAAGGAGGGACUCACCGCGUGCAGCGCAUCCCCGAGACGGGCCUGUCGUCCCGCAUGCAGCGGAUCCACACGGGCACCAUGUCCGUUAUCGUCCUCCCGCAGCCAGAGGGGGUUGAUAUUAAAGUGGAUCCCAAAGAUUUGCGUAUAGAUACGUUCAGGGCCAAAGGAGCAGGAGGGCAGCAUGUUAACAAAACUGAUAGUGCUGUGAGAAUUGUACACCUUCCCACAGGACUGGCGGUGGAGUGCCAGCAGGAGCGAUCUCAGCAGCUGAACAAGGAGAUAGCUCUGAGGACACUGAGAGCUAAGCUGUACCAGCAGAUCAUUGACAAACAACUGAGUCAAGAGCAGAGUGCCAGAAAGCUGCAGUUGGGAACAAGAGCCCAGUCAGAGAGAAUUCGCACGUAUAACUUCACCCAGGACAGAGUCACUGACCACAGGAUCUCAUACGAUGCACGUAAUAUCAAGGAAAUUCUGAGCGGGAAAGAAGCACUGGAUAAACUCAUCAACAGACUGCUGGAGUUUGCAGAGAUAGAGGCUGUCACCGAGUAUCUGGAAAAUUUGCAGGCUUCAGGAGGAGGAGGCUGCUGAAGACCUUGAGUAGAGUUAAAGCAGAGAUGUUGUCUUCAGCAGCAAAAUAAAAUAGUUGCAUUUGUUAGAUGACAGGUUGAUUAAAAACCGAUGCUUCUCUUUUUCA